AUGAAAGGCGUGUCGAGGGAAUACAAUACAACUUGCACUCAAGUCGAACCAGAAAACAUUAAUUCCAGUCAACUCAAGUGUGAAAUUGAGAUUGUUGGCCCCAUCUUUCCCGUCCACACUCACACCCUCUCACUUCUCGAUUUUCGAUCUUUCAUCCACGCCGACAACCGACCAGAUUUCCUCCGCCGGACACAUCACCAAUCCAAAAUGGGUCGUCUUCACAGCAAGGGCAAGGGCAUUGCCUCUUCCGCCAUCCCCUACUCCCGCGCCGCCCCCGCGUGGCUCAAGACCACCCCCGACCAGGUUGUCGACCACAUCUGCAAGCUGGCCAAGAAGGGUGCCACUCCUUCCCAGAUCGGUGUUGUCCUCCGUGACUCCCACGGUGUUGCCCAGGUCAAGAUUGUUACUGGUAACAAGAUCCUCCGUAUCUUGAAGUCCAGCGGCCUCGCUCCCGAACUCCCCGAGGACCUUUACUUCCUGAUCAAGAAGGCCGUCGCUGUCCGCAAGCACCUUGAGCGUAACCGCAAGGACAAGGACUCCAAGUUCCGCCUGAUUCUGAUCGAGUCCCGCAUCCACCGUCUGUCUCGUUACUACAAGACCGUCGGUGUCCUGCCCCCACCUGGCGCUACGAGAGCGCCACUGCCUCCACCCUUGUCGCAUAAGCGCAUUUUGGGAGGAUGAGUGGUUGACGGAGGGAACCCAUCGGAUCGUCGUGAUCGUCGUAUCUGAAGGGUCUAUCUCCUGCUAGAUACAACAAAAAAGAUUACGAUUAUUUGAUA